AUGGUGGUGGCCGGAGAAAUUCCCGGACCUGAUCUCAUGGAAGCUGCCUCGGAAUUCGUUUCACUCGCUUGUAUUACCGUAUUAGCCUGCGCUCUGGGUGCAAAAACCUUUGGUGAACGUUUUCGAACUCUCAAUUACGGCCGCGCCCUUGUCAUUUUAUUGUAUACUUUAUCAUGGGCCUUUUCCACCACCUCUGUCAUUGUCGUCUCCACUAAUAAUAAUAAUAUCGUCUCUUGCACUCUCGGUAUGAUGGCAUGUGAUAUCUUUUACGCUGGAAGCAAGAUCGUAAUUUAUGCCUGGCUUAUUGAACGCGUCCACUUGGUAACCGCUGUUAAAACAACCCGUAUGAAAACAUGCCAAUACCGUUUUCAUAUUCUCCUGCUUUGCCCAUACAUGAUUAUCUUUGGGCUCAUGAUUUCAUUCAGUAACAUUUACCUGGAGUCCUCCGGUCAAUGCACCAUCGGUUUACAGCCCAUUGCCAGUAUUCCGCUCCUUGUCUAUGACUUUUGUUUCAACUUGUACUUGACGUGGCUUUUCAUGAAGCCGCUGAUGGCUGUCGGAAGAAACUCGCGCACCAAUUGGAAACAAUCGAAUUUGUUUAGAUUGGCACGUCGAACUCUUGUAGCGUCACUUGUAUCUCUCUUGGUGUCCUUUCUCAAUGUGUUGCUCGUCGUCAUUUCUCAGGGUCAUGAACGUGGUCUUGUUUGUUUAACAAUGUGCACAGUCGACGUAACCAUCAACGUCAUUACAGUGCACUGGGUUACGAAUAAUGCCCAUUCUUCGAAUGGUGAUCGAACGAAAGGAGCACACACUGUCGAUCAUAUCACUGCAGAAAUGACCUUUGACGGCGGUAUGGCUGCUGCUGCUGAGAAAACGAAUGCGUUUAAGAUGCCUGUCGUGCGCCCCAAAGUUCAUAAUUAUGAUGAUGACAGUAACAAAUCCAUGGAGAUCAAUAUUGCUAAUGAGAAACCUACUUAG